AUGAGCUUCAAGAUAUCCCAGCACGGGCUGCAGGUGGCCUUGCUGGCCCUUGUAAUCAGCUUGGAUGUUUUCCUCGAACCCAUCGCCAUCCUCAGUCAGGAGACAGCUGAAGCAGAUCUCGAGGAUGCAAAUCUAGAUGCAGUUUGGUUUCUCCAAAGAAGCACGGAUGUUCACGAGGACAUCAAUUCGAUAGAGACGCACUGCCGUGCUGACUCCAUGGAGGACCUUCUGAAAAGGCUGCUACAAUCUCGGACUGGUGAGGUAUGCGCGCGACGCACGACUCUUUGGACUGUAGCUUUGUUUGGCUUCGCAUUCCUCCAAUCUGGCAUCAAAGAUGUAAUACUUCUGAGCAUUUAA